GCUGAUAGUUGCGGAUUUAUAAACAUACACCUUCCAUAUAAUUAAUUAUAUGGAGCAUCACAAGCGCCUCGAAUAUUGCAGAACGCGACUUCAGUACCGUCAGGGACGAGACCUUAAAGCCGUUAAGGUCUAUACAGUAGCCAGCGAGUCGCGAUAUUUAUUGGUUUUUGGCGUUCCCAGAAUAAAUCUGCAAGCAAACAUCAAAAACAAAUUGCAAUUAUUUGGGAAACUGCAAUCCAUCACCUGCGUAACAUCGGAAAUGGCUGCUAUAAUGGAACUGGAAGCUUUUACUGAUGUCUAUAAAGUGAUAUUCUACAAGUUAGAAAACGCACGACGUGCUAAACGUAAGCUAGAUGCCACCGAAUUUUACGGUGGCAUUCUGCAUAUCUCUUAUGCGCCCGAAAACGAAACGACUUUUGAUUUGUGUCAGAAGAUACAACAACGUCGAAAGGAAGUUGCCUUUCGUAUUCAAUACAACAAACGUAAUCGGACUGAUACAACUUAUCAGUCAUGACAACAGUCUGAUAUGCUUAACAUCGCCAAACAUACGAAUGUGAUAUUUUAUUUUCUUUACUACAAACAUGACAAAAAAUCGCUGAAGCUGAA